CAGCUAAAGGCCCGGAUUUAAAGCUUUUUCACAGAACUGCGGGAGAAAAAAGAAGAAGUUCGGUUCGAACCUCCGGUCCAAAGAGCCACAGAGGUCAAGAGGCGGCAGGACGCGUGUCCAUGGCGCCGCAGCGGCAGCAGCAGCACAGAGACUGACAGCUGUCCAUCAGGAUCAGUUCUGGACUGGGACAGCCAUGUGACCUCAGCAUCUGAGGACGGCGCCUCACACACAGCUGGAGACGGCGUUAGCAGCCUCCCAGGAUGAUGGCCUCUGUGGUUGCCGGGGGCAACCGGAAGAAGUCCCUCACCUUAAGAGGAGUGGACCCGGAGACCUGCAUGAUCGUGUUCAGGAACCACUGGGCUCAGGUUGCCAGGAUUCUGGAAAAGCACGAGCCGAGCCGCUGCAGCUCCGGCGCCUUCAGCUUCCUCUCCGGUCACCAUGGCGGCGGCGGAUCCGGGGCUCCGCGUCUCGGCCCCAUCCCGGCGGACGAGGCGAGCGCCGUGCAAAACUACGUGGAACACAUGCUGUUCCUGCUCAUGGAGGAGGAGGCGGGCAGAGGAGGAGCCAUGGGUCCCAUCCUGGAGUUGGUGGUUCUGGAGGGCGUGAUGGAGAGGCUGUUCCUGUGGAGCCUGAGGAGGCAGUUCACCGAGGACAUGAAGCUGGAGCAGCUGAGGAUGUACCAGAUGCUGCUGUCGCAGGCCAAGCAGCCGCUGCUGCACCACAAGCCCGUGCUGCGGCCGCUCAUGAUGCUGCUCGCCUCCUGCGCCGGAGCCGCUGCCGACAGCGGCAGCGUGGUGGAGGCGGAGCUCGUCCUGCUGCUGAACCAACUGUGUGCGGCUCUGGUCAAAGACCCGUCGGUGCUGGAGCUGUUCUUCCACAGCAGUGAGGACCAGGGAGCCGCCAACUUCCUGCUCUUCUCCCUGUUGAUACCCUACAUCCACCGCCAGGGUCUGGUGGGCCAUCAGGCCAGAGAGGCUCUGCUGCUCAUCAUGUCUCUGUCGGCGUCGGAGCAACGAGUCGCUCAGCACAUCGCUGACAACACCUACUUCUGCCCGGUGCUGGCCACAGGUCUGUCCGGUCUGUACUCGUCUCUCCCCACCAGGCUGCAGGUCUACAGUGAGGACUGGCACUGCUUGGACCCUGCUGACUGGCAGCAGGUUCCAGCUCUGGUCCACUUCCUGCACUCGCUGGACUUCUGCAGUGCCGUUACCAAGGUGGCUCAUCCCUCCAUCCGGUCCCAGCUACUGGGCUACAUCUACGACGGGUUCCUGGUUCCGGUGCUCGCUCCCGCCCUGCAUAAGCUGACGGUGGAGGAGGUGAUGACCACCACGGCGUACCUGGACCUGUUCCUGCGCUCCAUCUCUGAGCCCGCCCUCCUGCAGACCUUCCUGUCCUUCAUCCUGCUGCACACGCACGACAACGUGUACAUCCUGGACACGCUGAUCAGCAGGGUCAACACUCCCUUCCAGUUGGGGACGGUGUCGCUGGCUCUGUUCAGGACUCUGAUCGGUCUCUUCUGUGAAGAUGUGAUGCUGCAGCUGGUGUUCAGGUAUCUGAUCCCCUGCAGCCACCUGAGCAGGAGGCAGCGCCGCUCCUUGAAGCAGAAGGACUGCUACUCGUCCAGCGCCGCCUCCUUCCUGCUCCUCAUGCCCUCCUGGUGCCCAGUUUACCUCCACAGCACCAACGCACAGUCGGAGCACAUUCACUGGCCCAAAGGAGCAGAUCUGUCGGUGUCCGACAGCGUGGGUUUCUGCCGCGCCUCCGACUUCCUGAUGGACGUCAACUACCUCCAUUACCUGUGGGACGCUCACCACACCAUCGCCAAUGCUCAGAGAGCUUGUCGGUUCUGGUCGGCUCCAUAUGACGGCACCGACCCGCCGGCUCAAGAAUACCGACCUGACACACCGGGAGACGACAUAGAGGAUGAAGAUGAACUCAUCCACCGAAUCAAGAGCGACUCCCUCUUCUCUUUGGUGAUCACUUCUCCACCAUCAGCUCUUUCCCCAACUCCAUCCUCUUUGGAAGCCGUCUCCAACCGGGCGGGACGAGCCAGCUCCGCCUCGGAGCUGGAGUGGGACGACAUAUUUGCAGGUCAAGAUCUGUGUUUGUCGCCGUCCCCGAGUUUACCCAGCGGGAGUGAAGCAGCUGAGUCUGGCGGGAGCAAGCUUUCCCCCACCCCUCCGCAGGUGCUACCACUAUACAUCCAGGAGAUGCAGCGCACGGCGACCAAGCUGGUGCACGGCUCGUACGUGGAGGAGUCGGAGUUUCAGGACGACGUUCAGGUUUAUGACCUUGUUGCCAGGAAGGAUGCAAAGUCAGCCGUUUUGGAGCGAAUGAGGGCAGCCAAUCAGAAAGCCUCUGGGAGGAGCUCCAAAGGACUCCAUGUUGGGUCAACAAUAUCAACAGCGUUAACGACAAAAGGUAAGACGGUGAUGGAGACGGUCAACAGUAUCAUGUCGACACGAAGAAGGAGCGAAGAUGAAGGGAGAGAUGAGAGGAGGAAGAGUACAGAUUAUGAGAUAACUACCAGGAGUGAGGGUUACGGGAACGAUGAAGCAAACGAUGAACUGGAGACGAUACUUGAGCGGGUGGAGCCACCUCCCUUUACAAACAGCUUUAAUGUAAAGAAUCACAUCAUCGGCAAAAGUGGUGAUUGUGAUGAAGAAAGACAGCAGCUAAAGCAGAACAGCGAGAACACAACCCGGCAGAUGGGGCUAAACCACAACACGCAGUCCGAUCUCUGCUUGGACACCAACUCUUUGCCAAACGGACACUGUGAGCCACAAACCCCACCCGUUUCUCCAAAUCCGCCCGGCAGCAAAGCCACGAAAAACAGCAGCUUCCUGUCUCAGUACUGUGAGCUCAUGCACUCUUUGGGGGUGGAGCCAGACUGUGAUGACAUGGACGACCAUCAUGAGACAUUUCAGAGGCGUGUCCAAGCGCUGAGGCAAAAACUGAAGGAGGAGGACGAGUUUAGCACUGACUUCCUGUGGGAAGAAGCGGAAGAGGAAGGAGAAACCAUGGAGGAGGAAGAGGAGAAGGAAGAGGAGAGGAGUAGCUCUGCCAAUGGUAGCAGGACACACGGAGUUCCAUGUACAGGUCCUUUUAUCAGCGUCCUAUUGUCCCGGUUGGAGAACCUUCUGGAAAACUCCAUCUCGGUCAACCUGCUGCUGACGGGCAUCCUGGUCCAGCUGGUGUCGUACCCGCAACCUCUUCUGCGGUCCUUCCUGCUUAGCACAGAGCCGCACAGUCAGCUCAGCGUGCGCACGCUUCACCAGGUGCUGGUGUCGGUGCAUGCUCAGAUCGAGCGUUAUGUGGAGGACAGACCGGACUACCCCGCCCUGGUCACUCAGGCCUGGAGGUUCUUGCUGGCUAAAGACCAAGACUGCAAAUUUAGAGAGUGCCUGGAGUCUCAGGGCAGUUUUAUCGUACUGGGUCCAUCUCUUCCCAACGGCUCCCUGAAGAAGGCCCUGCCUCUACCGCCCCCCAGUGUCCUGCCCCCCUGCCCCAGCAUUCCCCCACAUGCCAAGAGCCGGGUGUUUGCCAUCGUAAUGUUCGCCGAGUUCCUGAAGGAGCUGGCGGCCUUCGCUCAGGAGCAAAGCAUCACACCGGACUGGUGGGAGGAGUUUGAGUCGGGGGACUAAUCAUGACUGAAGACUCUCCCAAAGUUCCUGGCACCACUUGAAGAUGUUUCCUGCAUGAUUUUGGGUUCUAUUUAUGAAAUGUGAGAUUAUUUUAAAGUUUUUAUGUAUUUGUGGGAUCAGUGCAAAUCAUUUACUGUUUUCUAAAAAACUUGAAAAAAAGUUCAACUCUGUACAACACUCCUGCGUCUCACCGAACUCACCCUUACUUACCCUUCCGCGUUAUUUAAGUGUUUUCUAAGAUCUGUUGCCUGCAGUAUGGCCGUCCAUGAACAUUUUCUCUCUACGGGUUCACUGAGUGGUCUACAAGUUUGAUAUUUUGGCAGUUCAGACUAAGGCUUAAGCCUCUUAACACCUAAACUGUUGCCGGUGACGCCAAAAUAACACAACCUCUAUGACCUACCGUAAGAGGUAACAGGCUUCACUAUUGUAAAGUGUUGCAUAUCAGCGCAGAGCUUCUUUCUCUGCUUCAGAAUCUGCUGGAUUUGAGGUUGUUGUCUAAACGGUUGAAGAGUUACAAUAGUCAAAGAAUGUCAACACUGGAUAUAAAGCUCCGAUGUUACGGGGUUGACUUAACGUUGCUAUGUUAUUGCUUCCAAAUGAACAUUUGAGCAAAAAACUCAACCAACUUUUGAAACACGCAAGUGACUUUCUGCUAAAUGGAGCCAAGAGACAGUGGUACUGUCUGCAUGGAAAUACCUAAAAACAAAAACACUUAACUGUAAAAUUAUCUGUAUGUUUGCCCAGUAUCCGUGUUCUUGCCCCGAAAAAGUAGGACAAAGGAGGUCAGAAGUCUUCCUGCUUUGUCCAGACAGCUAAGCUCUUUAAGUUUGAACAUCUGAAAGUGAACAACCACUGGUCAUUCGAAAACUCAGAUUUGACACAUUACAAUCUAAUCUUUUCAAUUUAAAGAUUUACACAUUGUUAGAUGUGUCUCCCAAGAAAUCAUUAAGUUCUGCCUUCUUCGUAUUCUUCUCAGCAUCAAUUCAUCAAUCCACAGGUGUCAGAGUCGCUGUGGUGCUAACAACGCCAUGAUGACUUUUGUGCAGCAUCAAUGUCAUCUCUCCAUUUGGACCCACGGUGGCCGGGAUCCUGGGCCACGUCAACAGCCAUCGUCGAGCGCCUGCGCUGCUACCGUACGAUUUCUAACAAUCGGAAGGUGGCAGUGGGACGACUGCACAGGGGCAGGGGCUGGCAUUCUGAAAUGAGCCGAUCAUCAAACAAUUGGGGGACCUUGGAGACCCUCCUAUCAGUCAUUUAACACGCCUCUGCCUUCCUGCCACCCCUGUCCCUGGACUGCCUCUCCGCAACCUCCAAAUGUGCCUGGGUGGCUAAUGACAUAAGACAAAAAAGUUAUCCGGUCGCCGUCAAAUUAAAACUUUUACUUAAAACCUCUGCUGUAAAAACGAGACUGCCGCCCCCCAACAACAAAUGCCUUUUGCUGAAAAACUCGCAUCUGGGUUGGCUCGCGGUGGCAUUUUGGGACAUGUGACCGUAGUCUCAGCUAUAUUCCUGCGUUAAGCUGAGGAAGUUCCACAAAGUUUGCACAGUAAAUCUCCACCUUAGCAUGUGUCAGAAAUUUACAUGGUUAUGGAUCAUCAUGUAGAGUUUUAGUUUCAACAAAAGUUUUGGUUUGAACAAAAGUCAUCAAUGAGCAGAAUAUUAAUGUCCUUGAACUGAAGGGACAUUAAUUAAAUGUUGGGUAACGCAUUAAAAGAACUUUAUUACUAAAGAAGUGUAGGCAUGUUUUUGAUUUGGACACUUCUAAACCAAUUUGUUAUCAUUUCUUAAUCAUUUUUUAGACAUUGUGGCCUAAGGGAGAUUCCUGCAUCUUAUGUGGUUUGAUGUAUUUGAAUUUCUUUGACAGUUGCAUUUUAUACAGAUUGAGAUUCAAAUUUAUUAACGGCUGUUUAUCAGCUCCACAGAACAAGGUUAUUGCAAAACAAUUCUUAGUUUAGUUUUACUGGUAACAUGCAGGAAACGUCAAAAAGCAACGUCAGAUGUCUGAACUCACCAAAUCAAGGAGAUUUGAGGUGAACUCAACAUGAGGCUAAGACCUGUUUAGUGUCAGAUGCUGUGGUAGGCGCUGUCUUCCUGUUUGUGUUCCUGUUGCGUGAAAACCCAAAGCAGGUACUGUUACAUCAUCUGUGAACAGCCCACCGGUACAUGUGAGCCGUGCUGCUGCUGAUUGAAGCGGCUCAGACAACUUCUCCUCUGCAAUAAACGCCCCGUUUUAACCCCAAUCAUCAUACUUGGUCUCGUUCUGAUUUUCUUGUGCGAUUGAUGCACGUUGUCAUCAAACAGCUGAGAGUGUCAGCUUGAGAAAAGGUCAAACAUGUACCGGUAGUCGAGCAGUAAUGUAAACUGGAACAGAUUCUAAUGUGUUUGCACAUGUGGUUUGCCUGGUUCCUGUCGCGGCGUCGUACUUAUUCAGCCCUCCGGGUCGUGCACGCAAAGACAGACACUCGUCUGGACUUUGCAGAGGGAAGCUGGUGAUGAUGGCUCUGCUAAAGGUCUCUCUGCUGCUGUGGGCUCUGGUUACUGUGGUCAUUCCAGUACAUAUGGAGGACAGUGAUGAUGAAGAUCCAUUCAGCGGUAGCGGCCAAGAAACUACAGUUACUCUGGAAUACAUGCAGAACAGUGAUGAUGAAGAUCUACACAUCGGUAGCGGCCGAGAAUAUACAGAGGAUUCCCCGAUUAAAAAUGCUGCAGCUGGAGAUGGUCACCAAGCUAACAUCUGCGUGCUCUAUGCUUCUGCCGCUUUGUACCUGCUAGCAUAGCAUUAGGAAAAACGGCAUUGUCAUUCAAUCCUUCGGGGUCAUGGGGCUGCCAGAGCCUAUCCCGGCCCCUCGCGGCGAAGGCAGGGGACAUCCUGGACUGGUCGCCAGUCUGUCGCAGGGCCACAAUCACACACCCGUGCACGCUCACAUUCACACCAAUGUAGAGUAACCAAUUAACCAAUGGAGCAUGUUUUUGGACGGUGGGAGGAAGCUGGAGUCCCCAGAGAAAACCUAACAAGCAAACUCCACACAGAAAGGUCCCCCAUUGGUGUUCUGUUUCAGGUCCCCCACUCAAGACUUGAACCGAGGCAGGAGCGCAAACCACUGCGCCAUCGUGCAACCAACUGCAUUUUCAUUAAAUGUUAUUUAUUGUUCAGCAUUUGCUUUGUCUUGUUCAAUUACUAACUUGUUUAAGCACAUUUGCUAUAGAAGCUGUAAAUAAAAAAGGGAAUUACAU